AUGCAGGCUGCUCAUCGCAUAGCUCACACGAGUGCCGUCCUAGCCCUAGCUCAGUCGUCAGAAUACCUCUUCACAGGCACGCAAGACUGCCUCAUCCACGUCUAUGCGCAAGAAACCUACGAGCCAAAGGCCACACUCCGCGGACACAACGCUGCUAUUCUUUCUUUGGUACUCGCCAAUGACGAACAAUGGCUUGUGAGCACUGCUGGCGAUUCCAUCGUGCGCAUAUGGUGCACACAGUCUCUGACCUGUCUCUUCGUCAUCUAUAGUACAUACGAUGUCGGCGAUAUACUCGCAGCAGCAGCUUUUGGCGAAACCUUGUUCUUGGGAGCGCAGAACACGAGCUUGCAAUGGGUCCAUCUUGCUGAGGACAAGCGGAUACAGGGCUCACAAGAGCAGUAUCCUUCGCGGCGUCACAAUAAGUUCUUUGACAGUGCAGGACCUGGCGGAAGACGAGCCCCCAGGAGAACAAGCUUACUGGAGCCCUUUGAUGAUGCUAAAGCGCAAUUGAUUGAAAUUGGCAAGGAAGAUGUCGUUCAGUACGCGCACUACUCGUAUGUCUAUUGUCUGCUCAUGGGCACGUACCACAAUACUCACCACCUAUUCUCUGGUGGAGGCGAUGGUGCAAUCAACGUUUGGAGUGUCGACAGCCGCCCAAAACAAGUUCGCAGUCUUUGCCAAGCGGAACAACCAGCCGUCCAUUCUCUUGUACAACACGAGAGUCUGCUCUACGCCGGCCAAGCACGCGGUCUUAUCUCUGUGUGGGAUUUGGAGACUGAUCAGCUUGUUCGAAGACUACAAGCACCGCAAGAGGCGCCCAUGGAUGUCUUGUCACUGCAAGUCAUGGGACAUCAUCUCCUCAGUAGCUCAGCGCAGGCCAUACAUCGAUGGAACAUUGCAAAUGGAUGUGAACAUGUCGCUACCUGGCAAGUUCAUACAAGCCAAGUCGUUUGUACUGCAAUACGCGAUUCGCUACUGCUCACGUGUGGCGGCUCAGACGUUGCACUUUGGCGGCUUGCACAAGACCAUGAGAAUCCCACACCUGGCGGAUUCGAGGCAGAUCCAUUCAUGACCGCCUUGCAGCAAUUUACAGCAUUCAGAAGUAUCAGUGGAUCGCCUCAUCACGUUGAGGAAUGCCGACGUGCAGCAACAUACUUGAAGCAGUUGGCCAGUAGUCUGGGUGCUGAUUCGACAUUACUGCCUACUCAACACAAUCCAAUUGUCCUCAUCAAAUUCAAAGCAACAUCACAACCAGCUCGGCGCAUUCUGUAUUAUGGGCACUAUGAUGUGAUUAGUGCCGACGCGAAAGCCUGGCGGAGCGACCCUUGGCAAUUGACUGGACGUAACGGAUACCUCUACGGGCGUGGCGUCAGUGACAACAAGGGUCCUGUUCUAGCUGCGUUAUUUGCAGCUCAUACAUUGCGACAAGCACAAAGACUCAAAGCAGAUUUGACUUUCUUGGUUGAAGGUGAAGAAGAGUCUGGCUCGCGAGGCUUCCAAGACGCCGUUCUACAAGCUCGGCAACGAGGCGAUAUUGGCGAGAUUGACGAAGUGUUUCUCAGUAAUAGCUAUUGGCUAGACGAUCAGGUUCCGUGUCUGACAUACGGUCUCCGCGGCGUCGUGCGCGCAAAAGUGACGGUCGAGAGUCAAUUGGCAGACUUGCAUUCCGGUGUUGAGGGCGGUAGUGUUCGCGAGCCCACGAUUGAUCUCGUUAGCUUGCUCGCUAGUCUCACGCACAAGGGCAAAAUUCAAAUUGAGGGAUUCUAUGAGCCUGUACGGACUGUGUCGGCAGAUGAGCAGCUCUUCUAUGAGGAGAUCGCGAAGCUCCAGCUGGUCAAUCCAUUGCCGCGCAGCAAACCGGGGUUGUCAGACAAGUCUGUGGCAGAAGUUGUGGAUGACCUGAUGAAUCGUUGGUGUCGACCGUCCCUGACGUUACAUCAAGUCAGUGUUUCUGGGCCGGGGAACAAUACAAUCAUUCCCCAUGCCGCCAGUGCCAAGCUCUCCCUUCGCAUUGUGCCAGAUCACAAGCUGUCUGUCAUCGUGGCAGAUCUCAAGAAACAUCUCGAACAAGCCUUUGAGGAGAUGACAACGACCAACACACUGUCAGUCGACAUUGAGUCUUCCUCUAAUUGGUGGCUGAGCGAUCCAACGUCACCGUCAUACCGCAAACUUGCGGGACUGGUAGAAGGUGCUUGGGGUAUCAAGCCAUUGAAUAUCCUCGAAGGUGGGUCAAUUCCUAUGCUGGCCUGGUUGGAUGAAGUCUUUGAUGCGCAAGGCGUCCACUUCCCCAUGGGUCAAAGUAGCGAUCAAGCUCAUUUGACAGAUGAGAGAUUAAGGAUUCUGAAUUUGUCUAUGGGCCGAAAGAUCUUGCUCGAAUACUUUGGAACGCCUUAA